GUGCAGCCAGGCUCGGACGUUCGCAGUGAAGCGAGCCAGGCGGGAGAGGCGCGCACAGGCGAGCUGAACUGUGUCGUAGAAAACGCAUUUUCCCGUCGAGGCGUCCGUUUUCAUGGAAAAGGGACAAAAACGCAGCGAAUCUGAACCGCCAGCCAACUGCCGGUUGACUGCGCUGCGGAGAGCGGCGGAGCGCAGCUGUACAUAUAUGUGUGUGUGUGUCUCGCUUGAAACUCGACGUUUUUUCUCUCGCGGGCAGAGGACUUCCGCAAAGUCCAAAGCCUCCACGUCGACAGAUCUCCGGCGAAGAAAAUGUGAAGGACGCGUCGCGUUCGACACACACCGAUCCCAAAAACCGGCGCCCUCAACCAGCUCCGGCCUGUGUGUAUGUAUCUAUACGCAUGCAGGAAGGAGAAACGGCCGCCCCAUUCUCGCCUCAGCCUGUCAGUCCAUGCUUUCUGCUUCCGCCUUAGAUCGAAAACCGUCUCUCUCAAUGUCCGAGAACCGCCGCAGAAAUCAGUCUCACCCAGCUGUGCAACUGCAGAACCGGCGAGGUGUAGGUCCACCGGCGCUGCAGCACCGUCAGGCUCGGAGUGGCGGUCCCCUCCGCAAAUUCUUUUUUUUGCUGACAGAAAACGAGCCGUUUCAUGUUCGUUUCGUCCAUGUAUUGCAGAAAGUAAGAGGACUCAAAACUAAUCAAGGUUCCUCGUUCUAUCGGGAUCGCACAGCGCCGCGCUGUGUCUCGUCGUCUUGGGCGUUCCUGCGCCGGUCUGUCGCCUCGAGAGAGUUUCAGGCGUCCGCCUCUUUUCGAGUUUCUUUCCUUUUUUUCUCCUCACUUGCCCUGGUUUCUCUUCCUCCUUCAGUCUUUCUGCUUCUCAAGAUCCUCGGGUGCAGCUUUUCGCGGCUCUCUCCUCCAGAACCGCGCAUCAUCUCGUUGUUCCUGUUCUCCUCGAUCCCUGAAACGUCGGUUGUUCCUGUUCUCCUCGAUCCCUGAAACGUCGGUUGUUCCUGUUCUCCUCGAUCCCUGAAACGUCGGUUGUUCCUGUUCUCCUCGAUCCCUGAAACGUCGGAUUUCCAUCCUUUCUCGUCUAUCUCUGUCAUUAGUCUUGCACCUUCCUCUCUCCUCUCGUGAUCCUUCGUUCUCUCUGCAUCUUUGUGAGAGUCGUCUUCUCUCGCCGUGGAGAAGCGAACUGUUCUGCAGUCUUCUCGCACAAGCGUUCCUGUCGUCCCUCGCGUCCUCGCCGACUUCCAACAUGGAAAAGUACCGCGUCUUCGGCGACGAAAGCACUGGAGUUCAUCCCUUCGUCCCUGUCGCGUAUAUGAAGGCUCAGCUGUCGCCGCCGCCAGCCUCGGUCGUCUCUCGUCUUCUCUCCGCCGGCGCGUCUGUCUGUUCUCUCGCCUUCUCGAGUCUGUUGGUGACCCUGCGACUGCUGCUGCUGCUUGUCGCUGCGCUCUGGGCGAUUCUUCUCCAGCAGCUUCUCCUCGUCUUCUCGCUCUUUCCGAGCCUUCACUGGCGCCUCUCCCUCUCUCUCCUUGCCCCCCCGGCGCGCCUCGCUCUCUUUGCUCUCGGCGUCUGGUGGCUGGACGAACAGCCUGCAGACUUCCGUCGGCUGAAGAUUCGGGCGCCUCCUCCGAACGCGCCAGCGCCGUGGUUUGCGUUCCUCUCUCUCUCUGCGCCUCCGCGCUCUUCCGCCUCAGCUGCGAGGACCAGCAGCUGUCGAGUCUGUCUCUCGAGCUUCGCGAGUCUCGUCGAGCCGCUCUAUCUCUCCUACCGCCUCUCCCCGCAGUUCGUCCUCCUCCACGAGGAGGGCGGCUUCUCCUUCUGCUCGCUCUGGGCCGUCCUCAAGUUCAGCAUGCAGUUUCGACUCGCGCCGGGGAAAGGCGCCUUCCGCUCGCUCUCUGCGCUGAUGCUGGCCCACGAGAAAAACUCGUCUCCUCGGAUCCCCCUCGUCAUCUUUCCUGAAGGGCAAAAGAGCAACGGAACUUGCAUUCUCCAGUGGACAGCGGCAGAGGGAGGCGCUGGAAGAGAAGACCGAGAAAAAGUCGACGCUGGCUUCGACGCCGCUGCCCUGCAUGCCUUAGACGGCCGCAUCGCUGAAGUCGGGUGUCUGUACACCUCACUCCUCGCCAGUGGGAAGGCGGGAAGCCCCUCGCGAGCAGUGCCCUAUGGUCUUCCCCACACAGUGAACGCGCCGCUGGAGCAUCUGCGCCGAGUGUUGGCCGAGAAGGCUCACGGAGUAUCUGCGGUGUGGGCGGCGCCGGCGGCGGUGCAGGCGUCGGUGCAGCAGCAGCUGCAGAGCCGGGGCGUCAGUACGCCUGCGUCUGUCCUCGACUGUCUGCGGGAGGUGAUGAUUCGGAUGCUUCCUGGAGUUACGGGAGUCCAGAGCAAAGGCGGCGCAGAUCUCCGCGCCUUCAACGCGUACUGGGAAAGAACUCAGAAGGAACAGUAUUUGAAGAACCGGUAGAAAAUAACGGCAGGCGACUCUGAGAGGGGCGCGCUUGCGACGAAGCGCCGACUGAAAUCACGUCGAACGAAAGUGAACUGCGAGACAGACGCAGCAGGGUCGCAGAACCGAGAAGUGUGUCGCCGAGAAGUAGUUCUGCUUGGCCACCGUCCUUGCUUCUGUUCAACAGCGUUCUGUCUUCUCGUUUCUUCUCUCUUGUUCUUGGAGGUUUGUCUUCUUUUCUUCCUCCUCUGUUGCCGCGGUUGGUUGUUGCGUUUCCUCCCGCUCUUCGUUGUCAUUUCUCGUCUUUUUCCGCGUUCAUUCCAACAUCAUCAUCGUCGCUGGGUCCUCUCGCCUCGGGUCCCUCUCAUGUCCUCUUCGCGUCCCCAACUGCGGCAAGGCCUGCCUCCGAGAGCGCAUGCACUGUUUCAGUUUUUCCCUGACUCUUGAGACGUCAAACUCCAAAACAUGCUUCCGAAACGAGACGUCUAUACCCAGUUGUUGCUGACGCAGAACAUGUCAACUCAAAAGAAUCGAAAGAGCCUUUGCUCCUUGCAAGAGCGAGGCCGUCGCACAUGCAAGUCCACGCUCGUGUCACCGGUGUAUGUACACCCUACUCACCACAGGCGCUCCCAAGAUUGCAGCUCUUUUUUCAUUUCCCUCUCGCUUCUGAGAACUCCCGCCAAGAGCGAGCGCUUGCCAGAGAGUUGCCGGUCGUCAGAUGCGUUGAGUCUCGAGUUUCUCUCAGAGUUGACUCCCGGCCGCUGUCUUUCGAAGUCCGGCUGUUUCUGCAGGUGACGAGAAAAGGAGCGAGUGCGUUGUGCUUUUCUGGGGGU